AUGGACUAUCCUCUGUUCCUAAUCGAGAAUCCUCUAGAUCUAUGCCUCGAGGCCAACAAACCAAGUCCCUCUAGACAUCUCCGAGCAUGGGCUUCGAGUAGCACCGGUCGGGCCUUCGGCAUGGCCAUCGCCGAUACCAUGCUCGACGAGUUAACGCCCGGUGAUUUUGCCGAUUAUCUCUCGGAGCUCACCAGAUUCGAUAUGGUCGACAUCGAGGCCAAUGGCAUGGUUUUGGAGCGGGUAGCCUUUUCAGUCAUUCACGCAUGUCGCAGCCUUCUCCCAAAAGUACUGUUCGUUCCCUAUCUGCGUCCCUACCAGUUAGACGCCUGCAUGGAAUAUAGCCGGUCAACAUCAACACUGGAUAUGUACUGUUAUGAGGCGGUCGACGGCGUACGAACGCUUCUCGGGGUCUUUAUGGAAGCAUACGAAGCCGGAGAGCAGGUUGCUAGAGAGGGAGAUUCUGAUAACGAGACUGUCUUUGAAGAUAUAGACAGCAUUGCUGGUAUCUUGGUUAGCUCGGAAAGUUUUUUUUAG